AUGUCACAGACAGUUCAAACAAAAGAAAAACAACCAGAAAGAGAAACAUCAGAACAGAAUUCACAGGACAUACCAGUAACAUCUCAGAACAUAACUACAAAUGACUUGGAAAUUGAGACUUUAUAUAGUGAUGAAUAUAACAACUUCAAAUGUCCAAUUUGCUUAGACAUACUCAGGAGCACAAGGAUUACCAAGUCCUGCUUCCACAGGUUUUGUAAGGACUGUAUCAUCACAGCACUUAGGUUAGGAAACAAAGAAUGUCCUGUCUGUAGAACAAAAUUAAAUUCAAAGAGGUCACUAAAUCCGGACCCUCAAUUAGAUGAACUCAUUCGCAAAAUGUUUCCACGUUGUAAUGAAAAGGAUUCCUCUCAAAAGAAACCAUUAGGCAAAAGAAAAUACAAAACCCAUCGAACCUGCAGUCUUACCAAUGAAACAGGACAGGAGAUAACAAUUACAAACAGUGUCCAUCAUGGAAAAGACCAUCUGGAUAAAACUACUAGUGGACUGGAAAGUAAUAAUGACAGUUUACCCUGCUGCAGUAAUACAUCCACACAGAGCAGUAAAAAUGCAGGUCCCAAUAACAAACGAGCUAAAACAACUGAGUUUGAACAUGAUAGUUAG